AUGUUCCUCACAUUUUUUUGGGUUUUUUGCUUGGCUUCCAGAUUUCCUCUGGUUUUGAGUUUUUGCCCCUCUCAGUGCACCUGCUUCUACCAUAAUCUAAGCGAUGGCUCAAAAGCAAGGAGUGUUAUUUGCAAUGAUCCAGAAAUAUCGUUGGUUCCUGCUAAUUUCCCUGUCGACACGUCCAAACUUCGUAUUGAGAAGACCGCAAUCAAGAGGAUCCCGAGUGAAGCUUUUAAUUACCUUUCCAAUCUGGAAUUUUUGUGGAUGUCUUUCAAUUCUAUGUCUCAGUUAAAUGUGGACAGCUUCCGUGGUUUGUACAGCCUUGAUGAAUUAAGACUGGAUGGAAAUGCCCUUACAUCUUUUCCCUGGGAAUCCCUUGCUGACAUGCCUAACCUCAGGCUUCUUGAUUUACACAAUAACCAGAUUACCUCAGUCCCUGCAGAGGCAACGGUCUACAUAAAAAACUUAACAUAUCUGGACUUGUCCAGCAACAAACUGGUGACUUUAUCCCCUGGAGUUCUCUCAACUUGGUUAAGUGUGAAAGCUGCUCAAGCACAUAAUUUUAAAAUGAUUCUAGGUCUACAUGACAACCCCUGGGUUUGUGACUGUCGGCUGUAUGACUUCGUUAAGUUCCAGAAGUCUCCAUCGUCAUUCGUGGCUUUCAUUGAUACAAGACUACGGUGCUCUGACCCCGAGAGUCUCUCUGGAGUGCUGUUGAGUGAUGCUGAGCUGAGGAGGUGCCAGGUGCCGAGAGUCCAUACCGCAGUGGCCCGCGUUAGAAGCACUGUAGGAAACAACGUCCUGUUGCGCUGUGGAACCAUUGGUAUUCCCACACCAGAACUUUCCUGGAGCAGGACGGAUGGGAAGCAAUUGAAUGCAACCGUCCAACAAGAAGUUUCAAAAGAGGGAAUCAUAUGGUCCAUUCUUAGUGUACCUGCUGUCUCCUACAAGGAUUCUGGAAAAUAUAUCUGCAAAGCAACAAAUUUUGCAGGAAGUGCAGAUGCUGUUAUUUCAUUGGUAAUAAUGGAUGAGGUGAAAUCAGAUAAUCAAACUAGCAGCUCAAAAAAAUCUAAGGGAAGGAAACAAAUGGGAAAGAUUGCCUACCAGGGCAAACUUGUGGCAAGGAAUCCAGCUGCUAUUACUUCUGCCAUGCCUAUUAUGGAGCUGCUGAGUAACACGGACCUAUAUGCAGAUGUAGAGAGCUACAGCAUUUUGGACAAUUCAACAAAUAGGCAAACAUCUAGCCCUGCCUUUGCAGUUGGGUUACUAGGAAAAGGUUUUGGUAACCUUGCUGCGAACACCUCAUCUCUUCAGCAGUAUCCAGAGAGGAUGGUCAGGUCGGUGAAGGUGAUUGGGGACACUGACCAUACAGUCUCUCUCAACUGGAAGGCUCCUGCAGCCAAAAACACCACUGUGUUCAGUGUGCUGUAUGCCAUCUUUGGAGAGCGAGACAUGCGCAGAAUUAAUGUCAGUCCAGGCCAAAGCAGAAUCACCAUUGAGGGACUGGUGCCAAAGACAAAGUACAUUGCUUGUGUGUGCGUCAAAGGAUUGAUCCCAAAAAAGGAGCAGUGUGUAAUCUUCUCAACAGAUGAAGCAGCCAACGCUACUGGAACCCAAAAGCUUAUAAAUGCAGUUGUAAUCACGGUUGCCUGUGUAAUAGCUGUCCCUCUGACUGUGAUUGUUUGCUGUGGGGCUCUCAAGAGGCGCUGCAAAAAACUUCUGGGAAAGAAUUCAAAGGACAUACAAGACUCUUAUGUCACAUUUGAGACCCUUUCCCCAGGAACAAGGGCCAAGGGCUUGGAGAAUCAGCAUCUAACAAGAUUAAACCCUGAAGAGUCUAACAGGCUUCUCUCAGCAAGGUCGAGCUUCGAUUCAGAGGCAGCUGCCAAGAAUGAAAUACAGGGAAACGAGUACUUCUGUUGA